GGACCUUAAGGCAAUAGCCUCUCCUUUUCUCUCACUCCAUUAUCUUUCUCCUCUUUCUCUUUCUUCUUUCUCUAUCUCUGCAUUCAUACAUAUGCUACUUUCAACACUAAUCCCUCACCUUCCACAAAUAAACUCACUACUACUUCUCUUCCUCUUUAUUAACAUGCUUUAAUUCAUUUAUGCACUCCUUUCUUUCAAGUUUCAACCCUAUAUAUCUAGACUCACUUGAAUCCUUCAAAAGCCUAUCUUUUUCUCUCCAAAACCAAUGCAAAUCAUCAUUCACUCAUCAUCAUAUAAUCAAUUCAACUUUCAACCAUUCUUACUAUAUUUACUUCAUCAUCAUUUUUACUUUUUUAAAUUCCUAUUAAUUAAUUAAUUAAUUAACUACUCUCUCUCUCAUCCCCCCUUUUUUUUCCUCUUUUAAUUUGUGUUGUUUAAUUUAUAUCUCUAUAUAUAAUUAUUACCACUUCAUAUAUACACUUAUUAGUUCUCUAACAAACCUAGCAAGUAGAGAUCUUUCUCUCUAUUAUUCUCUCUUUUUUUUUUCUAUUAGCAUCUUGAAUUAUUGUUCUUCAUGUUGACAAAUUCUCUUCCAUCAAUAAUGCAAACCUUGUUAGCAUCAUCACCCCCUAAAUUUCAAGGACCAGAUUUGUCCUUAAACAUAAGCCCUCCAUGUGUUGGUGUUUCAGAUUCCGAAAACAACAACAACCUCAACAACAACAACAUGAACAUGAACAUGUUCCUAAGUAGUAGGAAGAAAAUUCUUUACAAUGAUAUAAGUACUAGUUCAACUACUUCAGAUUCAGGUGGUAGUAGUUGUGGAAGUGCAAGUGACUUAAGCCAUGAAAACAACAACCUCAACCUUCUUCAUCAUGAACCUACAUUGACCUUAGAUUUGAAUAAUUACCAUCAUCAUCAUCAAGGACUUUCUAGAAGCUUUAACAAUCACCACCAUUUCCAACCUCAAAUCUAUGGCCGCGAGUUCAAGAGAAGCUCCAGGGUCAUUAAUGGAGUCAAGAGGAGCGUGAGAGCACCUAGGAUGAGAUGGACAACAACCCUCCAUGCCCAUUUUGUUCAUGCUGUUCAACUCCUUGGUGGCCAUGAAAGGGCAACACCAAAGUCAGUUUUAGAGUUAAUGAAUGUUAAGGAUCUAACCCUAGCACACGUCAAAAGUCACUUACAGAUGUAUAGAACAGUGAAGAGCACUGACAAAAGCACAGGUCAUGGCCAGACAGAUAUGGGUUUAAUCCCAAUGCCAAGGAUUAAUAAUGUUGCUCAUUUGCAUGCCAAUAAUGGAGUUUCAGCUUCUCAUGAUGAUAGACCAAAUAAUUUACCACAUCCACCACAAAAUUAUUCCCAAAGGUCAUGGCAAUCAUCAAUAAUGGAGGCAAAUACAAACAAUAGUAGACAAAAACCCCAAAUUGGUUUGACGGAUUCUCAUACAAAGGGAUAUGAAACCAUGGUGGAAGAGCACAAUUGUGGGGGCAUGUCUAAUUGCAUGAAGGAGAAUAAGUUGGAUUCUACUCCAUUGUCAAGUUCUGAUGAGUUGAUGCUUGAUCUUGAAUUCACCCUUGGAAGGCCAAAUUGGGAAAAGGAACAUCAAAAGGAGUCAUCAAGAGUAGAAUUAACCCUUCUCAAAUGUUAAUCAAUUAAUUAAUUGACUAAUCACUAAUUAAUUUCCUUGUCACUAAAAAAAUAGUAGUAGUACUACUACAACAACAACUAGCUUACAUAUAUUAUGAUGAUGAAGCUAAGUAAUUAUUAUUGUUCCAUGUGAAUUACUAAUGAUUUUGUAUUGAUAGUACAUCAUCCCCCUUUUUUUUUUUUUUAUAAAUUUUAGAAAGAGAGAGAUAGAUGCAUGGAACUAAAUGGGAUAAUAAAAUGUUGCUACAAAACAUAUGCUUGAGUCCAAAGAGUUUCAUGUCU